AUGGCAACAACCCUUCAUCUCUUCUCUUCUUUUCUUCUCCUUCUCUUCAUUUGUGAGCAAGGUUAUGGAAAGGUUUGCAGCAUAUCCGACCUUUCAGUAAAACUGAAAAAGACUGGAAAUGUGAUAGAACAGAAACCUGAGUACUUGGUCACCAUUACAAACAACUGUGCAUGCCCUCAAUCCAAAGUGUUGAUGAAGUGUUUUGGUCUGAGUAGCGUUGAACCGGUUGACCCAGCCAUUUGUAAACCGGUGGACGAUAUCAACUGCUUGAUCAACGGUGGUAAACCCAUCCAGAAAGGACAUCCAAUCAGCUUCAAGUAUGCGUGGUUAACACCUUCUGAUUUCUCUAUAGUGGAGUCUAAUAUUGUUUGCUCUUGA